AUGGCGGGUACAGACUGUGGAGUCAAUUGUGCGGCUGGACUUGCGGUAAGUAUUGUGACGGCAGUGGGACGACAAGCUUGUUAUUAUUGUUAUGAAUUCAACAAUCUUGUUACAAAGCUGGGUAAAGAACAAGAAGACUUGAUAUCAAUAAGAGAUGAUGUGCAAAGCCAACUUGACAAAGACAAAGCUAACAAUAAAGAGCCUUCACGAGACACUCAGAGGAAGUUUAAGGAAGCAAAUGAACUCAUAGACGAAGUGGACAAGCUGAAGGAGAAAGCAGAAGCAAAGAAAAGCUGCUGCGAUGGGGUUUGCCCUAACUGGAUCUGUCGAUGUCUUGUUGGAAAGAAAGCAAAAGAGAAGACGGAAGCAAUGAAGCAGCUCAAUAACGAGUUGAGACCAAAGCUACCAUUUUCUCGUCAUAAAUCACUCAAGUGCGUGCCCCCAUCAAAAGAUUUCAUUCUAUUUAAGUGCACAGAAGAUGCGCGCAAUGCAAUCUUAAUGGCACUGAAGGACGAUAAGAAGAUCAGAAUUGGGCUUCAUGGAAUGGCGGGUUGUGGUAAGACAUCAUUGUUAGAAGAAGUGCGUGAGGAAGUGGAAGUCCGUAAACUUUUCAAGACAGCAUUUGCAGUUGUGUCCAAUAAACCAAAUUACUAUAAAAUUCAAAAAAGCAUUGCAGCACGCAUAGGCUUGACAUUUAAGACGGAGAAACAUGUGCGUGAUAGAGCUGCAAAAUUGUUAAUGGCAUUUCAAGAGGAUAAGAAAUAUCUUGUAAUCCUGGAUGAUGUGUGGCAAUUUCUUGACUUCAGAGACAUAGGGAUUCCUGUUGGUGAAAAUUGCAAGGUUCUUCUAAGUACACGUCAGCGAAAUAUACUUGAUAUGAUGAAAUUUGAUCCACCGCCGAUUUAUCUCUCACUAUUAACAAAUGAGGAAGCCUGGGACUUGUUCAAAGUGUAUGCUGGUGAAAUAAACGACCCAUUCGAGCAAGUGGCUCAACGGAUCACUUAUGAAUGUCACAGAUUACCCGUUGCAAUCAAAGCAGUGGCCAGAACUUUGAAGGGCAAAGGACUUCAUGCGUGGAAAGAUGCAUUGAGAACAUUGAAAGAUCGCAGACGGCCUCUAAAUAUUGAAAAAGGACUGGAAGAACCUUAUAGAUGUCUCAAAUAUAGCAUUGAUGAGUUGGACGCAGAACAGAUAUCACUUUAUUUAUUAUGUGCUCUGUGCCCCAGUGACUCAGAAAUUGCAAUUGAAAUUUUGAUCAGAUUUGCAUUUGGGUUGGACAUAUUUCGUGAUAUUUUUUUCGAAUGA